AAACAAAAAAAGAUUAGAUUCCAAUCCAAUCAUGUCAUCAUCAUCAUCAUAUAAAUUUUCAUCAUCACAAAUAGCCAAAAUGUUAAUAUCAUUAAUGGCCAUCAUUAUGAUCAUGAUGCCUUUGUCAACAAUGGCCAUCAAGUGUUGGGAUUGUAAUUCAAUGAUCAAUAAAGGUUGUGAUGAUCCAUUUAAACCGGAUGAUUUUGCUAUGGCCGAUUGUAGUCAAAAACAUUUGUCCAGAUUUCCAGAUAAAGAAGGAAAUAUUUGUCGUAAAACAUUACAAAAAAUAAACGAUGAAUAUCGUAUAAUACGUGGAUGUGGUUAUAUAAAUGAUACAUUCGAUACUAUACCACCGGGUGCUGAAAUUGAAGAUCAAUGUCUACGUCGUACUGGUACAUUUUCCGUUAUGGUUGAAUAUUGUAUCUGUAAUGGAGAAAAUGGCUGUAAUCAUGCUACAUUUAUUUCAAUUAAUAAUACUUUAUUAUUAAUUAUAAUGCUACCAUUAUUGAUUAUUAUUAUGAUGGCUAAAUAGUAUAAUAAUGAUUCAUUCCAUUUAUUCAUCCAUUAAUACUAUGGAGAUCAUCAAUGGCCAUUCAUCAUCAUCUACUGCUGCUAUUGCUACAUACAUUUUUCACCACCAUCGUCAUCAUCAUCAUCAUGAAAAAAAAAUCUUGCAAAAAAUGAAAAAAAAAAAAAUUAUCAAAUGUGUUCAAAU